CAAACCAGCCGUCAUUUCAUCAUUCGCCGGAGACGAAACAGCGCGACCUCGAAGCGUCCUCUAAACAAUCGCGUUUCCUGAUUAAAAGUGAUUAAUUUAAAGUGUCUUGUGAUUGGCGAUAGCGAUUUGUUUGUAAACACAAGACUAGCUGGUGAGCUAGCAACUGCGCGCGUGUUUUAUUCCGAUUGAAAGAGCCGAAGAGGCCAAGAUGGAGUUUUAAUGCAAUAAUGCGGUAACUGCACGGCAUCGGCAUGCACCAGGCAAAGAAAAACGAUUUGCGGGACUCUACCAUCACAACUGCCAAGCAGUUGGGCUCUGAUACCGUCCGCGGUAUAGCUUUGAGCCAACCGAUACCUCUACUCCUUGACCGGAGGAAGCUAACGCUAGCUACCUAACUUAACUUAGUUAGCCCGUCAAAGCGGUUGUAACAUUAAAACCAUCUCGUAUUUUGUUACCCUUCCCGUCCUCAUACUAUCCUGUAAAGAUGAAACCUCAAGACAUCAUUGCUGGAAAAUCCAGCCUGUGGAUCUUCGGGUACGGCUCGCUGGUUUGGAAACCUGACUUCAAGUACAAGAGGAGCAAGGUCGGUUAUAUUAAGGGAUACAAGAGACGCUUCUGGCACGGGGAUAAUUUCCAUCGUGGAGAUGAUGAAAUGCCCGGAAGAGUGGUGACGCUCAUCGAGGAGGAUGACGCGUGCACCUGGGGUGUUGCCUUUGAGGUGACUGGCUCUCAGGUCGAGGAGUCUCUCAAGUACCUGAAUGUAAGGGAGGCGGUGAGGGGUGGCUACCUCACCGAGGCUGUAGAUUUCUUCCCAGAAGGAAAGAACCAGUUGCCUGUCCAGGCUCUGGUUUACAUCGCCACGGUCGACAACCCCAUGUACCUGGGGCCGGCCAGCAUAGAAGAAAUCGCAGCACAGAUCGCCGUGUGCAAGGGGAAGACUGGCUACAACAUCGAGUACCUGCUUCGCCUGGCCGAGUUCAUGAGAGUGAGCUGCCCGGAUGUGGAUGACCCUCAUCUGUUCUCCAUCGAGGAGGCUGCUCUUGCCAUCAUUCGACCCAUGUUGUUUAAAGGCCAUUAAUCUUUAUUUUCUGUAAUGCUUUAACUAUCACUUACCAUAAAGGUCCUAACAAAAGUACAUGCUGUUUGUGAUGUGGUAGCUGUUUGUGAAUGCACUCCCAGUAAAUAAAGCUAUUAAAUUCAAUUUUACUGUAUUAAGGGAACACUACUAUAAGGGAAUGUGGUCUAAGUUGUCUGUUAUGUAUGGUGACAUUAUACAUACAUAAUGUCAUGUUCUUUUAUGGGUUUUGAUCCAAGCGUGUGAUACUGUAGUGUAAAUGCAUGCUUGUUUGACAAUGUAUUGCCAAAGUUUGUACAAUACACAUCCAUUUCCUUUGCACAUACUGUUGAACCAUUAAAAUCUGAGAAUUUA